AUGGUGACCGAGGGCGGGCGAAACGCCCGCAAAGGUAGACACCCUGAACAGGAUACUUCAGAAUCUUCCCCAGAACCAGCGCACUGGACACCACUCGAGAAGUUGGAGAUGGAAUACGAACGCUGUGUGAGGGUCAGCGCAGAAGACCUGGAUUUGGAACCAGGUGUGUACAUACAUGAAGGGAGCGAGAUGCUGGCACAGUUACGGGACCAGUUGGUCAUGCUGCCAGAAUUGAGCGAAUUACACCCAGAAUGCGACAUCGAUCAGGCUGAUGUGGGGGUCCCAGGUGAGACUUCCCCCGAAGAUGAAUCCAGGAUGCGUGCAAUCCUGAAGCGCCAUAGGAAGAUGUUCCUGGGCGACGGAAAUGCCGCUCCUGCUCCCGCUAGAGGAGUGGUAUGUGACCUCGAUGUAGGAGGCGCCAAACCUAUCGCGUUGCGCCCAAGGUCAAUUGGACCACAUGUGGCAGUCAAGGUAUACGAGCUCCUCAAGAAAUUGCUCGAGAAUAAUCUGAUUGAACAUUCAGAGUCACAGUGGGCAUCCCCGAUCGUGAUUGUGCUCAAGAAAAAUGGAGUGGACAUCAGGAUGUGUAUUGACUAUCGACUUGUGAAUAAUUUCAUCCAGCUGUCUAGCUACCCGCUACCUCUCAUCGACGACUUGCUAGUUGGUUUUGAGAAGGCACUCUGGUUCAUGAGCCUGGAUAUGGCCAGCGGUUUCUGGGCAAUCAAGAUGACCGAAAGAGCCAAGUUGAUUUCGACUUUUGUAUGCCCGUUUGGACAUUUUCAGUGGAAUCGAAUGCCGUUUGGUCUGAAAAACGCACCCCUGAUUUACCAGCUAGUGAUCAAUAAUUGCCUGUGGGGAUUCGUGCGUUUGCCACCAGAAGAGGAGGCGGAAGUGGACCAAGAAGUUUUGGAUUAUCUGAAUCUGGACCCCCAGGAUGAUGGACCUCCAGGAUGUGGCACUCCAGGAUGCAGCGGUUGUGAGAACGACCAUGCUUCUCGGUUUUUCGGUUGUUGCCGACCCUGGCAGACCAAAUGA